AUGCCUCGGAAAGCGAUUGACUCGCGCAUUCCGGCGCUUAUUCAGAAUAGCAUUCAGGAGAAGAAGCGCAACUUCUUCGUUGUCGUGGGUGACCGCGCAAAAGAUAUCAUCGUCAACCUUUACCAUAUCAGAUCGCAAUUCGAUGUUAAGCAGAACAAGUCCGUGCUAUGGGCCUACAAGAAGGACCUCCUGGGCUUUACAAGCCAUCGAAAGAAGCGGGAGGCAAAAAUAAAGAGGGAGGUAAAACGGGGCAUUCGAGAACCGAAUGAGGAGGACCCUUUCGAACUGUUUGUCACCCUCAAUCAGAUCCGUUAUGUGUACUAUAAGGAAACGGAGAAGAUUCUGGGAAACACAUAUGGCAUGUGUAUCCUCCAGGACUUUGAGGCGAUCACACCAAAUCUCCUCGCGCGAACCAUCGAGACAGUCGAAGGCGGCGGUACAGUGAUCAUGCUAUUGAAGAGCAUGAACAGUUUAAAACAGCUCUACACGUUAUCGAUGGACAUUCACUCGAGAUACCGAACGGAGGCACACGAUGAUGUGGUCGCACGAUUUAACGAGCGUUUCAUCCUGUCCCUUGGUAGCUGCGACUCCUGCUUGGUCAUCGACGACGAGAUGAAUGUGCUGCCAAUUUCCGGCGGAAAGAAUGUGAAGCCGCUUCCACCACCCGAUGAGACUGAUGGAACUAGCAAGGGUACAAAGAAGGAACUGGAGAAGAUUAAAGAUGAUCUGGCAGAGUCCCAGCCUGUUGGGUCCCUGGUCAACCUGGCACGAACUGUUGACCAAGCUAAGGCACUGCUCACUUUCGUCGAUGCGAUUGCCGAAAAAACGCUUCGAAGCACUGUUACGCUGACUGCCGCCAGAGGUCGCGGUAAAUCCGCAGCUCUUGGUGUCGCUAUCGCGGCGGCAAUUGCCUACGGUUACAGCAACAUCUUCAUCACCUCGCCAAGUCCGGAGAACUUGAAGACUUUGUUUGAAUUCAUCUUCAAGGGCUUUGAUGCUCUCGGCUAUGCCGACCACGCCGAUUACACCAUUCUCCAGUCUACCAACCCUGAUUUCAACAAGGCUAUUGUUCGCGUCAACAUCCAUCGCCAACAUCGCCAGACAAUUCAAUACAUUCAACCUCAGGACGCUCAUGUGCUAGGACAGGCAGAACUCCUGGUCAUUGAUGAAGCCGCAGCCAUUCCGUUACCGCUCGUCCGAAAGCUGAUGGGCCCGUAUCUAGUUUUCAUGGCUUCCACAAUAAACGGUUACGAGGGAACUGGCAGGUCUCUCUCUCUAAAACUGAUCCAACAGCUCCGCGAACAAUCAAGAGGCGGUGCAAAGAUUGCCGGGGAUGACACUGAUGUUGCUUCGCGAGCGACUGGAAAGAUUGAGAAGAACUCCGACAAGGGCUUAGGUGGUCGGUCACUGCGAGAAAUCACUCUGUCCGAACCUAUCAGAUACGCCCCUGGUGACUCUGUCGAGAAGUGGUUGAAUAGGGUUCUAUGUCUCGAUGCGACACUACCGAAGUCAAAAAUGAACACUCAGGGAUGCCCUCAUCCCUCUCAAUGCCAGCUGCUCCAGGUAAACCGAGACACUCUGUUCUCGUUCCAUCCUGUCUCCGAAAAGUUCCUCCAGCAGAUGAUGGCUCUUUAUGUCGCCAGCCACUACAAGAACACUCCCAAUGAUCUCCAACUGAUGAGCGAUGCCCCAGCACACCAGCUGUUUGUGCUCGUCCCACCGAUUGACGAGGACGCCGCCAAGUUACCAGAGCCACUUUGCGUCAUCCAGGUUGCCCUGGAAGGUCGCAUUAGCCGACAGAGCGUUCUCAACAGCUUGAGCCGUGGUCAGCGAGCUGGUGGCGAUUUGAUCCCCUGGCUUGUCAGCCAACAGUUCCAAGAUGAAGAUUUCGCCAGUCUCUCUGGAGCUCGAAUUGUCCGCAUCGCCACGAACCCUGAAUACCUGAGCAUGGGCUAUGGAUCCCGCGCUUUGGAGCUCUUGGUAGACUUCUUUGAAGGUAAAUUCACCGACUUGUCAGAAAACAUUGUGGACACCCAAGAAGAGAUGGUCCGGGUUACCGACGAAGAGCUCGCAAACUCGAACCUACUCGAUGACAACAUUCAAGUCCGCGAUAUCCGCUCCAUGCCGCCGCUUUUUGGCAAGCUGUCCGAGCGUCGACCAGAUCAGUUGGACUAUCUCGGCGUCAGCUACGGUCUCACACCAGCCCUCCACAAAUUCUGGAAGCGAGCUUCUUUCACCCCUGUAUACCUCCGCCAAACACCAAACGACCUCACCGGCGAACACUCGUGCGUCAUGCUUCGAACGCUUUCUACUGGCUCAAACGACAUCAGCUGGCUCGGUGCUUUCGCGCGCGACUUCCACCGCCGCUUCAUCUCCCUUCUUUCCUACCAAUUCCGAACAUUCGCAUCCGUCCUCUCCCUCAGCAUCGGCGAGUCCGCGACUGCAGGCGCCAAGCUCGACCCGUCUCUCGCCCCGUCGCCUCUCACAAAAUCCGAUCUCGAUGCAGCCUUCUCCCCCUUCGACCUUAAGCGCCUAGACAGCUAUGCAAACAACCUUCUCGACUACCACGUCAUCCUAGAUAUGGUGCCCAUCAUUGCAACAUGGUACUUCUCCGGCCGCCUUGCUGGUAAAGUCAACCUCUCCGGUGUGCAGCAGUCCAUCCUCCUCGCCAUCGGUUUGCAACGCAAAUCACUUGAUGACGUGGAGAAGGAACUCAGUCUCCCCUCAUCUCAAUUGCUCGCCAUGUUCCUUAAGAUCGUCCGUAAGGUCUCCACUCACUUCCGCUCUCUUGAAGAGAGCGCUGUCGCAGAUACCCUCCCUGCGGAGAAUGUACCCGCCACCUCAGCCGCCGCCGAUGCACAUGACGAAGUCGUCGACGAGCGCUUCAAGCCCCUCGAGACUAGUCUUGACGACGAGCUGCGUGAAGGCGGUGAGGAAAUCAACGCGGAGAUGCGCGAGAAACAGCGCGCCCUGAUUGAUGCAUUACCUCUCGACAAAUACGAGAUAAGUAAUGGCGAUGCAGGGUGGGAAGAAGCAGAGAAACAGAUCCGUUCUGGCGGCGCCGCAACCGUCAGCGUCAAGUCAUCGAAGCAAAAUAAACGCAAGAAGGGUGAGACUGCGCGAGAGAUAUACGAACAGGAGAUAGAGUCCAAGAGACAAAAGAUCAUCCAGAAAGGGACAGAGGGAAAGAAGAAGAAGAGGUUAAUCGGGUAUAUCCAAAAGUUGAAAUAG